AUGUCGACGAUAAUUGACCUUGAUGCCUUGGAUGACCCAGAAGCGACUCAAGCAGACAUCCUUCGAAUCCUAAAACAGGGGUUGACCUCUGAAGCUGAUUCUGCCACAGCAGCGGCCAAGUUAGCUGAAAGCCUGCGGGGAUACAUUUUCUCUCAAUCAAAUGGAUCUCGAGGAUUCCUUGCUGACCUGCUUUGGGAUCUUUGGAUGACUCUGCUGCAUGUGGUCAAAAUUGUGCCUAUUGACCAUCCACGGCAUGAUGUCCUCAUUACGACUAUUGACAAGUUACGGUGUGAAGGCGGCCCAGUCGCAGGCCCUGAUGACAGUAAACAGUGGGCGGAUUUGCCAGAAUUCAGAAUAUGCCUUAUUUACGCAUGGGCUGACCCCUCGGACAUGAGCGAAUAUACUCCCGAAGACGUUAAGGCUUGGAAUCGCUUGAACUCAUUUGCUUCCCGCCUCCUCACCGACGACUUCAAGGACUGGAUUCAGUUUGCCUGGUGGGAGAUAGCUUCUGGCCUGGAGACUGCACCACAAGAUGCAGCUGAAUUUGAGUGGAAGCUGUGGGCGGCGACUGAAUGGCUGAUUCAAUGCGGGAACCUCCUGUUCAAGGACUUGACCUCCCCUGAGGAACUAGAUGCAGAGGUUCUGGCCACUGUCAAGCCUGGACCUUUAUGUGAGAACGUUCCUCCAAUGAGUCUCCAGCGAUGGGAGUUCUGGCAGUCGAGACUCGCGGAACUCAGCGGUGGCAAGUAUUCAGUGGAGGGCAGUGCUGAAGAUGCUGUUCUCGGUGCUUCAUCCCUUUCUCGCAUCGAUCAGGCCAUUGCUGCGAUGCGCGCACACGCGUCGAGCAGCAUUGCCCAAGGCGAAAUUUCCUGA